AUGAUAGUAGAAGAAGCCGAAAGUACAGAGGGCCCUACGACGUCUGUUGUUGAAAAUCCACCAACUGAAACUGUCACUGGUUCUCGUGACCCAACCGAGACACAGUCUUCCGUACCAGAAGAAGAUGUAGAUGAGAAUUUGAUGUGCCGAGUAUGUCGAAGUAGUGAAGGAAGUUUAUAUUACCCUUGUCUUUGUACGGGAAGCAUAAAAUAUGUUCAUCAAGAGUGUUUAACAGAAUGGUUAAAGUAUAGUAAAAAAGAAGUAUGUGAGUUAUGUAAUUAUAAAUAUUCAUUCCAAGCCAUAUAUCGACCCGAUAUGCCUAAAGCUUUACCCUUGAAGGAUAUAGUAAAAGGUGUUGCCGUAAAUGUUGCUCGUUUUCUAAAGACGUGGAUAGUUUAUUCCAUAGUGAUUCUCGCUUGGUUUGGUAUUGUACCUUUAACAGCAGCCCGAAUUUACAAUGCUGUUUUCUAUGCUUCCGUAUAUGAUAUGUUCUCGAAACCGGGUAGUUUCCUGAGAACUGACGCCAUAGCAGGUGAUAUUCUGAAAGGAGUGCUGUUGUUGUUUUUAUUUAUUUGCAUCUUUAUCUCGCUUGUAUGGUUAAGAGAACAAAUUAUUCACGGAGGUCCCCAGGAUUUCCUCAAUAUACCGGUGGAAGUAGAGCCUGACGAUGGCCUACUCGCUAAUAAUAAUGACGACAAUGAGAGGAAUAAUGAGGUUAUUGAUCCUGAUCCUCCAUUUGAUGUGGACGGUGCUUUUCCUGAAAUAAAUUUCGAUGAACAAAACAAUCCCGCUAAUGAGUCUAAUGAUGGAGAAGACAAUGAAUUUGAAGACACAGAUGAUGAGAAUGAUGGACAAGAAAACGUUGAAGCUGAACAACCUCAACAAGAAGAAAACUGGAGAGAUUGGGACAGACUGGGAGAUGAACUAACUUGGCAACGUUUACUUGGCUUGGACGGUUCUUUCGUUUUCAUCGAACAUGUGUUCUGGGUCAUUUCUCUAAACACUCUUUUCACUGUCUUAUUUGCUUAUGCUCCCUACCGUAUCGGGCAUGCAGCUCUUUAUUACUUCGGAAUACAACAAAACAUCCAUUACUUCCCUUCUCUCGUAGCGAUUCUCUGUGGAUAUUUCCUUAUUGCAUGCUGUCUUUACAUUUUGCACGGUUUCGCUGGUCUUCUAAAACUCAAAGUCUUAUACCGCAUGCUCGGGAUAUCUUUUCUGAUUUUGAAAGUAUUUUUAUUGGUUUUAAUCGAACUUGGAAUGUUCCCGAUUAUUUGUGGAUGUUGGUUGGAUCUUUGCUCUCUGAGUCUCUUCUCUUCGACGUUAACUUCAAGAUUAGUGACGUUUUCGGCUUCUCCCGUAUCAGCUGUAUUCAUACAUUGGAUGAUUGGAAUGAUUUAUGUUUUCUAUUCGGCGUCGUAUGCUGUCCUUCUGCGAGAAAUUUUGCGACCAGGUGUUCUGUGGUUUUUAAGAAACUUAAAUGACCCAGAGUUCAAUCCUAUUCAGGAGAUGAUCGAAUUACCUGUAACAAGUCAUGUUCGAAGAUUGAUUCUUUCCACCAGUAUAUUCUUCAGUACAAUCUUUUUGAUUGUUUAUGUCCCUCUCCGAUGUGUCCGUCGAUUUGCUCCGAACUGUCUACCAUUCAAUAUGAGUGUAACUGCUGACACUCCUUUAAGCGAGCUAUCUCUCGAACUGCUUAUUCUACAGGUUGUGCUUCCCGCUUUACUUGAGCAGAGCCAAGCCAGAGUGAUAUUGAAAACUGCAGUUAAAGUUUGGUGUCAAUACGUUGGUCGACUACUCGGGCUUGAAACCUACUUGCUACCUGAACAUGAGUUGGUAGCUCCGGAGGUUCCACCAGUUGAACAACAGAACGGUCCCCUUCCUAUCGGACUCGGAGCAGAACAUCAGGCAUUGCUCUUCCUGAGGGAACCCCAAAACAACCAAGCACAAACUUUUAUGAAACCAGCAUGGUUCCCAUUGAGGAUUUGUGGUCUACUGUUAUGUAUGGCAGGAACAACUGUUCUACUCAGUUCUGCAUUUUUCUUUUUACCAGUUACUAUUGGACGGUUUUUGAUGCAUACUUUGGCAGGAUUAUCAAAGGUUCAUGAUUUAUAUACGGUUGGAAGCGGUUUGUAUAUUUGUUGGCUUAUUGUACGAGUGCUGUAUUUCUUAUACGAAUGGUGUAAUCAGGGUAUGGUUCAAAUCAAACAAGUCAUAGUUAAUUAUGCUCUUCUCGUUUUCCGUUUAUCAAUAAUCUCAAUACCUACUCUGGUGCUGAUUCCUAUGCUUAUGGGAACAUAUUUCCAACUAGUUUUAGUUACUCCAGUACGUUUGGAUCAUAACCAAUCUUCCUUAUACUUUCAUUGGCAAGACUGGGCGAUGGGUGUCCUUCAUCUCAAGAUUGUUUGUGCUGUCAUUAUGAUGGGCCCUGAUUGGUGGUUGAAGCUUGCUUUCGAACAAAUUUAUCAAGACGGCAUCCUCGAUCUCAACGCUAGUAGAAUUUUGUUUAUAGUUAUCUUACCUGUAUCGUUGGCACUGGGAUCGUUGAUAUCUGUGCCAUUCCUGUUAGCCCGUACAUACAUUUACUUAAUUGGUUCUGAUAUACUGGAAUCUGUUUUGAUAUACCGUCUUAGUUAUCCAUGUAGUCUUGUUAUACUAUUGACAUGCGCCUUCUUCCGAUGGCAAUACUUGAAAUUCAAAGGAUUGGCUGAAUUCAUAAGAAACGAAAAAUAUUUGGUUGGAACUCAACUAGUCAACUACGAACGUGACACAAAUACUUCUCAAAGUCAGAAUGUUACUGCGUAA